AUGUCGAUGAUGUCUGAUCUUUCGCAGGGUUUGGUAAAGGAGAUACUCUCUCGGGUUCCUAUAUCAUCUCUGAGAGCUGUGAGAUCUACUUGCAAACAAUGGAACAGUUUAUCGAAAGAUCCUAGCUUUACAAACAAGCAAUGUGCUAAAGCAGCCAAGGAUUUGAUGGUGAUCAUGGUUAAUGAUUUUAAGGUCUGUUUGAUGAGUGUUGAUCUCUACGGAGUCCAUAACCACAAAGACGACUUGGUUUAUCCAUCUAUAAAGCGAAUAGGUGAACUUAAUCAAGUCAAGAUAUUUUACGUCUUCUAUUGUGAUGGCUUAUUGUUAUGCCUUACCAAGGAGAAGGAGAGAAACACUACUAGCCUCGUGGUUUGGAACCCGUACUCGUGUCAAACCAGUUUGAUCAAACCUAGGUCCACUUACGGCAGAUCAGAUAUGUUUGGUAUCGGAUACGACAAGAACAACAACCACAAGAUUUUGAGGCUUUUCUUUGAGUUUGGCUACAAUUUAGAGUACGAAAUCUAUGAUUUUGAAUCUAACUCAUGGAGGGUUCUUGCCAUCUCAUCUACUGUAGUGUUAUACAAACGAGGCGUGUCAUUGAAAGGGAACACUUACUUUUUUGCUCAGGAAAGAAUCAAAGUUGAAGAAGUAGAUAAAGAAUGUUUAGAGAAGAGCAGCUUGCAGUGUUGUUUCAGCGCUUAG